AUGAAAUCUGUGGAAAUGAAGUCCUUCACCAUCGUCACCUUCUUUGCCGCUUUUGCUGUUGCCGUUCCUCUCGAGGAUGCCCUCAACGGCGGCAGCGGAUGGUGGGGCGAUCACCACAACGAUCAUCCCUCCCAUAUCUGCCCCCAAGGCCUCUACAACAGUCCCCAGUGCUGUAACUCUCACCUCCUCGGCAUCUUCGGCCUCGACUGUCAUACUCCAUGGGAAAAGUUUUACGACUCUGAGGAUUUGCGCCAGGAAUGCUCCAAGGCCAGUGAAACGGCUCUCUGCUGUGUUUCUCCUGUUCGCGACCAGGCUAUUCUGUGCCAACCUCCUCUAGCAUAG